AAUAUUAUGACUCGAUGCAUAUUAAUUUUGUGAAAAUAUGCUUGUCUAACAGUUAUUAGUAUGAAAUUGUAAUUGCCUUGCAUUAAUUUUGUUGCAAAUGAAUGGUUGAUGCGUGACUCUCUCUCUUUCCUUUCAUGCCUAACGGUAAUGAAUUAAUACAACUCUCAAUGUUUAUGAAUUAUGAGAGUGCAUGAGCUUCCUUUAAAAGCAACAAUGUAUCUCCAUUGUUAGCUCGUGGCUCCUCAGGCCAGCUUUGUUAUACAAAAAGCUGGUCGGAAAAAAACCGCCUCAAAAUUUCCAAUUUUUUUUUUAUAUUUGCUGUCACUGCAAGAUCUAGUUCAUAAAUAUAGUUGAAGAAGUAUUGUGGAGAUGGAAAAAACUAAAGGUGGUGUCGAAGGGUCUGAAUUUGGGGAAGCCAAGGUGAAGCAACAUAAGAUGGAACACUAUUUGAAGUACUUUGGAGGAAUCAAAGUGGACAAAUUGAUAGGAGGAUCCAACUUCAAAGGCGAGAUCAAUGCGCAGUCACGGUUAUGCAGACUCAAAUUGUUUGUUUUUACAGCCACAACCAUGCUGAUUCUCAUCUGCGUCUGCGCGGUGCAGCUGAGCAUGCUCAGCGAUGUAACCCGGGUUUUGAUGUUUCGCUCGAAUUCUCAAACCAUCACUCCGCCACAAAUUACUGGAACUGAAAGGGAUUUUGAGAAUAAUGGAUAUCUGAUGGUCUCAUCCAAUGGAGGAUUGAAUCAAAUGCGGAUUUGUGACAUGGUGGCUAUUGCAAGUUUUUUGAAUGUCACGCUUAUAGUUCCUGAGUUGGACAAUACCUCCUUUUGGAAUGAUCGCAGUCGAUUUGAAGAUAUAUUUGAUGUGGAUUACUUCAUUGCAUCUCUGAGAGAUGAAGUCAGGAUACUAAAAGCUCUGCCUGAUAAGCAGAAAAGAAGAGCAGAGAUAGCUAGCCUCUAUUCCAUGGCUCCUGUUAGCUGGGCCAACAUGAAAUAUUACUACGAACUGAUUCUUCCCCGCAUAAAGAAGUAUGAAGUGCUGCAUUUCACUCAGACCAAUGCCAGGCUUGCGAAUAAUGGGAUCCCGAACGAGGUUCAGAAACUGCGGUGCAAAGCGAAUUACAGAGCUCUAAGAUUCACUCCUCCUAUUGAGGAACUGGGAAAGAAGAUUGUUAGGAUUCUGAGGGAAAAGGGUCCAUUCCUAGUUCUUCAUCUGAGAUAUGAAAUGGACAUGUUGGCAUCUUCUGGUUGUACGGAAGGUUGCAAUGCCAAAGAAAUUGAAGAAUUAACAAAUAUGAGGUUUGCUUACCCACGGUGGAAGCAGAAAAUAAUAGACUCUGUUAGGAAAAGAAGAGUUGGGGCGUGCCCUUUAACUCCUGAGGAAACUGCACUUGCAUUGAGGGCUUUGGAUAUUGAUCCUGGCAUCCAAGUUUAUAUCGCUGCCGGCGAUAUAUACGGCGGAGAAAGAAGAAUGGCGCCUCUGAGACUAGCUUUUCCCCAUACGGUUAAAAAGGAGACGUUGCUGGAAUCCUCCGACCUCGAGCCCUUCAGGAACCAUUCAAACCGAAUGGCAGCGUUGGAUUAUAUGGUGUCACUGGAAAGCGACAUCUUUAUUCCUACUUAUAAAGGAAACAUGGCAAUAACUGUUGCAGGCCAUAGAAGGUACUUGGGAUUCAGGACGACAAUUCGGCUACACAGAAAGCUUCUAGUGGAAUUGAUACGCCAGUACAGGAAUGGAAGUCUGAGCUGGGAUGAAUUUUCACAGGCAGUGAAAACAGGGCACGCUGAUCGCAUGGGAAGCUCAGCUCCAAGAUUGGAGAUGCCUGGCAAGCCUAAGGAUGAAGAAUAUUUCUAUAGCAAUCCCCAGGAAUGUUUGCCACAAAUUGUUUAAAAACCAAAAGACCUGUGAUAUAGAGGAGAUAGACUUUGGUGAACAUGUCUGAUUAGUGUAGCUUUCACACCUUGAGACCAGUGUCGGACCAAAAUAUAAGAAGUAUCAUAUUAUUACAAAAGGUACCCACAAGUUGCUCAACGAACGACAUAGACACCCCUACCCAAAAAUUGGGUAGUGUGGUUGGUAUGUACCCUUAGAUUCCACUUCCCUAGCCAGCAUCACUAAUGUAAAAUAACUAUUCUUUUAUUUA